AUGUUUAGUGCUUUGGACAGGAAGACAGCAAAAUACAUCAGAGAACGGCUUUUUAGUCUUACUGGACUUCUUCGCUUGUUCCAAACCACUGUUAUUGAGAUAACUCAGGAUUGGCUCGGGCCUGGAAACUUGGUGAUUUUCGUUCUUUUCGGUAUAGCCUUUGCGUUCUGCUUAAAGUUUCCUGAUAUCUGGACACAAUGGUGGUCGGAGGAUGAUGGACCAUCAUCACAAGAUGUUGGGUACUGGCUUGGGCUAUAUGCGAUGCUGCAGACUCUACCGCUGAUAAUGCUGUGUAUAUGGCUGGGCUCUGACAGCAUAAGUUAUAAUCCAAGGCCUUAUAACACCGCGUCCACCGAUGGUAGAGCACUUUAA